CCAGACUCUGCUGCAUUUACAGGGUUAAUCCAUAGUGUGGUCCCAAACCUUAACUUGCUAGAAUGGAGAAUGGCACAGAGGGCAAAAACUUCUACAUCCCCAUGAACAACAGGACAGGGCUUGUGAGGAGUCCAUUUGAAUAUCAACAGUAUUAUCUGGCAGAUCCAUGGGUAUUCAAACUACUGGCUUUCUACAUGGUUUGCUUGAUCUGCACUGGUUUUCCCGUCAACUUUUUGACACUACUGGUAACAGCUCAGAACAAGAAGCUCCGGCAACCUCUCAACUUCAUCCUGGUUAACUUGGCUGUGGCUGGACUGAUUAUGGUCUGCUUUGGGUUCACAGUCACUUUUUUUUCUUCUAUCAUGGGCUAUUUCUCCAUGGGACCCUUGGGCUGUUCAGUUGAAGGAUUCAUGGCCACACUUGGAGGUCAAGUGUCUCUGUGGUCUCUUGUGGUCCUGGCUGUUGAGCGAUACAUUGUGGUGUGUAAACCCAUGGGUAGUUUCAAAUUCACAGCCUCCCACUCAGCAGUAGGCUGCGCAUUUACCUGGUUCAUGGCGGCAACCUGUGCUGUUCCUCCUUUGGUUGGCUGGUCGAGGUAUAUUCCUGAGGGUAUACAGGUUUCCUGUGGCCCUGAUUACUACACUCUGGCACCAGGCUACAACAAUGAAUCAUAUGUGUUGUACAUGUUCAUCUGUCACUUCUGUGUUCCUGUCUUCACCAUCUUCUUCACUUAUGGGAACUUGGUGUUUACAGUAAAAGCUGCUGCAGCCCAGCAGCAGGACUCUGCGUCCACCCAGAAAGCAGAGAAAGAAGUGACACGUAUGUGCGUCCUGAUGGUGUUGGGCUUCCUAAUUGCUUGGACUCCAUAUGCUAGCUUUGCUGCAUGGAUAUUUUUCAACAAAGGGGCUGCCUUCUCUGCUACCUCCAUGGCUGUUCCUGCCUUCUUCUCAAAGAGCUCAGCAUUGUUCAAUCCUGUUAUCUACAUUCUGAUGAACAAACAGUUCCGUAACUGCAUGCUUGCUACAAUUGGAAUGGGCGCAAUGGUUGAGGAUGAGACCUCAGUAUCAACCAGCAAGACAGAAGUCUCCUCUGUCUCUUAAGAAUAACGCCAUUGCUCCCAACUUUGCCCUCAUUCUUAAUGUCUGUCUUGAAGUGUGCAUAAGUUAAUGGAUGCAAGCAGAAUACAGGCUAUUGACAGAUUUCACUGCUUUCAUUCCAACCUUAAAUCUGACCCUGACUUUUGAGCAUCUGACAUGAAAAACAAACAAACAAACAAAAACAAUUCUAAACUUAAACCCAACCUGAAGAAAUAGCAAUUGCAACAUGUGCUUGUGACGUCUUGGCAUGGAAAGUCUGUGUGCUAGCCUCUGUCAUAAUAUUCUAUGAAUAUUUUACUAAUAAAAACAUUUGUAGGAGAAUAUAUAUUAAAUAAACAAGAUGAAAAGAU